CCACAAGAUGGCGGACGCCAAGUCAUUGUAGAGAGCGCAACGAACAAUCGAACGCGCGAAAAUCAAAAGAUGCCACUAGAUGUCUUAAUACCCAGGAUGUCCCAGAACUCAGUGUAAUUGUUGAAAUUAGUGGAAGUUGACGAAAUUUAAAGUCGAACCCUCUCAUUAACCUUUCUCUCAGAUGAUUAUUUACACAUUAAUGAACUAUUGAAGUUAUCCAAGAUCGUAGAAUUCAAAAGGAUAAGUGGCGACGUAGAUGUAUUUAGAUAUUAUCCAAAUAGAUGUAUUUAUCUGGUUAAAUUGGAUGGCACUAUUGGAAAAUGUACAAACCUAAUUAUUCCGCGCAAGAGCAGCACACGUAUUACAUAUUCAACGGCAAUGCAGGGUACAUCUAUUGAUUUGAAUCUUCAUUGGCUACAGAAUAUCACGAAAGCGGUAAAAGAUGGCGGAACAAUUUAAAAGGACAGGAUCUUAUUUAUGACAAAAGCAUUAUUCAUUUAAAAGAAGCCGAAUGAGAACCGUAAAGACUACUUUACUUAAUUAAAGAAAUAGCAAACUAACACGACGAUUGUAAAUUAAGUGGCUAGCUUUUAUAUUGCAUUUUACGAGUCAGAUAUGGAUAGUGACGGUGAUAUUUUAAACAACCUUUUGGGGAAUGAGGAUCACGAAGAGGAUGAAGCUCCUGCUCAUAAUAUAAAAAUAUUAAAAGAAUUAGAUGUUAACUUUACAGAUACUCCUAGCAAUGUACUUACUCCAAGUGAAACAAUUGACGCUCCCAUUAAUUUAAACGAAGGCCAAUCGGAUUCUUCCGAUGAGGAGGACAGACGCUAUUUUGAAGAGCAGAAGUAUUCUAUUGCAGGGCGAGACAUAAAAAGUCUAUUGAAGAAGACAGCAAUGGUAGCGAAAGAAUGCAGUCCGACAUUUCAACGAUCAAAUCAUACAAACUCGGUUUCCAAUACUAAAGUGAGUAUUGCCAAAACUUCCUGUACACCUCAAAGUACAACGGAUGUGUAUAGCGAUCCAAUUUUUGGACUACGUAUCGUUAAGCCCAUUGUGCCGCUUAGUACAUUUCGUGAGAGAAUGAGUGGACGCACUGCUGUUAAAAUAUCAGAAGUCAAACAUCAUAUCACUACAGCCGACUUAAAACAAGACUGGGUGUUAGCAGGAGUUUUAAUUAAUAAAUCUCUUACAAGGACGUCCCAGAAAGGCACCCAAUAUUGCAUCUGGAAGAUAAGCGACCUCUCUUUAAACAUGAACACUAUAUCAUUAUUCUUGUUCAGCAGUGCUUACAAACAAUUGUGGAAGACUUCAAGUGGUACUGUAAUUGGCAUUUUAAAUCCAAAUGUGAUGAACAAUAAUGAUAAUAUCGAUCAAGCAACGUUGUCUAUCGAUAAUGCUCAGAAAUUAAUGAUUCUUGGAAAUUCCAAAGACAUGGGAACAUGUAAAUCUGUAAAGAAAAGCGGCGAGCCUUGCACAGCCAUUGUAAAUACACACCUAUGUCAGUAUUGUACAUAUCAUGUUCAAAAAGAAUACAGUAAAUGUUCUCGUCGAGCAGAACUGCAAGCCACUGGAAAUGGACAAAAGUUUAGUGCUUUAAAUCGACUAAAGAAUAACAAUUUUCCAAACAAAUCAAAUUCUUUAGGCAGUCCCGUUUUAAAUAUAGCCGCUGCGAAAAAGACUCGAGAAUUACGAGAGAAAGAUAACGCUCGAUUAGCUCUUCUUAUGGGGGAGAAAAUGGAAAAAAGUGAAACGAAACAUUCAGGAGAAAACAAGGGUUUAGUGCAAUCAAACGACUUGAAAAAAAUUCAAGAAUCAAGGGGUUGGAUGAAGAAUACAUUAAUGUCGAAUCAAUCGGUCACCCCAACUGAUUCUUCAAUGGCUGGGAACAUACUUAAUAAAGAUACAAAAAAAAUUAAUUUGCAACUUCUUCAAAGAAGUAACGCAAUCAUAAAAUCUCUGAAAUCAAACGCAGCAGUCAAACCAAUUAGUUCUCCCAAUAACAGUAUUGAUUUCUCAGAGCCGAUUACGAAGAAAAAUAUUAAUAAAGCAAAAUUGAACGCCCUGAAAUGGGUGCAACAACAUGGGUCCAUUAAACAAGCAAAUCCAAAUAAAAUUCGUCCAAGUGAAGAAGAUAAAACCAAACUACAGACAAAGCGACAAAGGUCGGACGAAGAUGCGGUGAAUGAUGUCAAAGCCAAGAAAGCUAAAUCCGAGUUGGACAAUUUUAAAAAACUAAUGGAGACAACCUCGGCUCAUGUGGAUCUCAUUGAACGCUCGAACGACGAGAAUGCAGAGAAAUAUUUUAAUAAGUUGGAAGUGAAGGAGAAAAUGGAGGAGAAAAUGAUGUCGACAUUUAAAGUGGAAUGUAAAGCAGUGAUGUGUUCGAUCUGCAACUAUACCGCAUUGUCCAGUUCAGACCUCUGUAAAGAGCAGGGCCACCCGAUAACCGUUAUCAAGGCUGUGAAGCGAUUUUUUAAAUGCUCCGAUUGUGGCAACAGAACUAUCAGUCUUGACAGAAUGCCUAAUCGAAGUUGUAAGAAAUGCGGCAGCUCAAGCUGGUCUAAAGCCGCGAUGAUGAACGAGAAGAAAGUUGGUCUACCUGGAGCGAAGUUGUCAAUCCGAGGAGACGAAGAGACAUUUAUAAAUUCUGGGACGAACGAUGCUAACCUCGACCUCCUAGUACCCGAUACUUCUUCAUGAAGAAUCCAGAGCUAACGUGACCUGACUACAACGACUAUAUUUAUCAAAAUAUAUAGUGACCUUGGUAUUUUUACACAUUGUCGACAUAGUUCUAGAAAUGACAAUAAUUGUUGAAGACCAGCGCAAGCUUUCAAUUUCAUUCUUCACGUCUUACGGUUCAUAUUCAGGCGGUGCAGAAUUUAGUCUAUGAAAAAUCCUAAAUUGUUUACAAUAAAACUCUUUAUUAUGUUCUUCAUAUGCUGUGAAACCCGUAUGUAAUCUUACUAGAGUAGAUUCUAUUUGUAAGUACUAUGUAUCAAUAUCAUGUCGAUCGUGAUGAAAAAGUACACAUUGCCAUUAUUCGAAGCUUCACAAGUUUACGUUCAAUUUAUCAAUUAA